UGUCUCGAUGUGGUUCAAGGCCAAGCCAGCCAAGUUUGCCGCGUUCAAGCAGCAGCUGGCCGAGGACCCGACGAACAGCAGCCGUCGGUCGAGCCUUGCCGACAACAACAGCAGCAUUCUCCUGCGCUCGCAGCGCCAACUCCCUACAACCUCAUCCAGCCGGGGCUUUGCCAAGGAGAUCGAAAAGUUCUGCCUGCCCGAGCGCCGCACGUCGACGCUCACGGCGUCCACGCUGAGCGUCGACUCGGAGCAGCACUCGUGGAGCCCCGCGCCGCGCCACCGGCGGUGCGUCUCGUACGAGCCAAGCCUCACCGAACAUGCGCACAGCCUUCGCCACAGCGUCACCACAAGUCGGAACGAGCCUUGCGUCGAUGUCAUCCACCUUGACAACGCGUCCAAUGGACCCGCUCCGAUCAUCGUCGCAGCGUCGUCCAAGCCGUCGCACCGGCGCAGCGCGAGUCUCGGUAUCCACGCUGCCUUUGGUGCGUAUACGGCACCGCGCUCGUACACGGUCGAGCUGCCCGCCCACAUGCACCUCGGCGUCUGCUUGGAAGAGCGCGACGGCGCCUACGUCGUGCACAGCGUCCAUGCCACAACAAGCGGGUCGCCCGAUGUCUUUACCAUUGCGGUCGGCGACGUUCUCGUCGCGAUCAACAACGCGCCACCGUUCGCGGCUUCACCGCUGGCGCUCGUGCUGGACGGUAGCCACGUGUUUUGUUUGCCGCCGACCGAAGUGGCAAGGACCUUUAUCUUUGAGCUCUCGACCGCCGCGGGGCGCCGGCGACCCGCACCGACCGCGGCGAUCGACGUGCUCUGGCUACCGCACCAGACGCUCGGGCUCGUGCUCCACGCCGACAGCGACAACGCCACCGUCAUCGAGCGCAUCGUCCACGCGCGCAACCCGGGCAUGCGGCACCUCGCGGUUGGCUACGUCUUGCAAUGCAUCAAUGGCGAGUCAACGCGCGGCCGAACGUUCCCGGACGUCUGCGACCGGCUCGCUGCCUUGUCCAAGCCCGCGCUUCUGAGGUUCGCGCCGCGGUCCGAGCUCACGACGCCACUUCGCAUCGCGAGCGGCUGCCUCUACCACGUCGUGUGGAGCGGCGUUGCGCCGCUGCAGAUUGCGCUCUCCAAGCGCGACCCGAGCCCCGUUGUCGUCCGGACGCGGGCCAGUAGCGACGUUUCCUACCAGUCGACCACCCCGGGCACGCGCAUCGAGGUCGGCGACGAGCUCAUCAAGCUCAACUACCGCAGCGUGAUCGAUUGCACGUACGACACGAUUCUAGCCGAGCUUCGCAGCGGUCCCAAGCCCAUCAUCCUCACCUUCUUCCGCCCCAUCGCACCCUAGUACUACCUAUUCUUAUAUAACUCUUAUUGUAUUAAAGUCACUCAAACCAAAAUACCCCCAACCCAAA